AUGUCUCAGGAGCCCAGUUCUAGCUUCUCGGAUGGAUUCAUGGAGUCCGACUUUUCACAGGGAAGUUUUUCGGCAUCUGACGACGCCGAGUUGAGUAUCCCGUCUGAGUUUGCGGAGUCCGUGGACGAGCUUUCGUCUUCCUCUGACAAUGGGGAUCAGGGCCAACCUUUAACCGAGCCCAACAAUAUCCCGAUCGACGAAGACACCGUUUAUAAUAUAUGGGGCCAAGUGGUCGGAACACGCCGUAAGGACAUUGGGCCCGAUGGUUCCAGCCUGGACAUGUUUCUAGAGCGGCACAAAGACACAAACGAAUUCUUUAGGACAGUAUACGACCCUGCUAAAGGUUACAAGAGGGCAAAUCUAACGCCAGAAGAAGAGGAGAUGAUCCGCAAUGUUAUGGUGUCCAGGCCUUACAACGACGCCCCUGGAUUAUCCCGGAUGAACAUCCAGUCUACUCUUGUCAAUAAAAACAUCAUGAGGACAGCUCUUACGUCGGACAUUGUGGGUCCUAAGGAAAAGUAUGCAUCGAAGGCCAUUGUGCGCAAGAUUGAAAAGCUUAGGGAGGGAAUUGAGCGUGGAGAAAUAGUCUAUGAUCCAAAUCGUUAUAAGGUAGAUGAGAACAGGGGACUGGUAGUGGGCAAUCGAGAUCUUUGGGCAGACGUGGACGAAACAGAAGACCCGUCCAUGCGCAUACCAAAGGGGCGCGGAGAGAUGUACAUGAACCCCACAAAGCCAAAGCUUCCUGGGCAUGCCCUGAGCUACAACCCGCCGCUGGAAUACCUUAACAUUGACGGCGAUGGAUCCCAACAAAAGCUCCAAAGCCUGCGACAGAUCAAGACAUACACUAACUUUGUUAAGGAUCAGUUCGAUCGCUGCGUUACUCUCUACUUGAAUCCGCGUCAACGGCUCCGGAAAGAGGAGGACAUGGACAGCAUGCUACCAACUCUACCGAACAGGUCGCUCCUGACACCGUACCCAACAUUCUGCGCCAUGACCAUCCGGACGGGAACAAGACGCAUAAACGGGCUCACGUUCUCCCCCAAGGGAAUGUUCUUUGCUGUGGGAGGGCGCGACUGCAUUUUGAGAGUUUUCGAAACCUACUCCGGACGCCAAGUCAGAGCCAUCCCUGUUCUAUCCACAAAGAAGCUGGAGAAGAAAAGCAUCAACUUUCUCAAUCUGGAAAUCAACUGCUGCAAAUGGUGUCCAAGGACUGAUGUGAGCAUCAUUGCUGUGUGUGCAGGGGACGAACUCAUUUUCGUUGACGCUGGGAUCUGCGAAAGUGGGAAUUACAACGAGGUCAGGGAGCGAACACGCUUUCUUCUGAAUGCUCGGCCCGAAACCACUCAGCCGUGCCCCCACAUGGCUUGGGAGAUGCAUGCAGGUGUGACUUCAGGCGGAAAAAGCUACGCCUCUGGGUUUGUCACGCAGGUGUCUAGCAAUGCGUACAACGAGGGCUCUGAGGACGACGACGCGGCCGAGUCGGCCCGCUUUAACGAGGAGCGCCACCAAAGGGGACACGAGGGCCAAAUCGAUGCAGACGUCUACACCGUGUAUACUCGUCUCAAUCAGUUUGUUUUACUGAGAAUCCACCACACACAUCUUGUCAGCUUCUGCAACUGGCACUUUCAGGGUGAUUACAUCGUCACAGUAUGCACCGAUGAUAAAAGUCGUGCAAAGGUGACCCUUCACCAACUCUCAAAAUGGCACAGCCUGUCUCCUUUUAAUAGACUCAAGUCAAAGAUUAUAGGAGCACACUUUCGAACAAAGAAAUCCGAGCUUAUCGUUGUGUCAGAGCGGUCGUCGCGCAUAUACAACCUGCUGACGGGUGACAAGUUGUCCACGCUCUACCCAGGAGUAAAGCAAGUGACAGCCAGUGGCAUGGGUUAUGGAGACAACUUCAUCACGGGGAGUGCCGACUCCCAGUGUGCCCUGUUUGCCAACGCUGCUGGGCCCGAGCCCACUGCAAAGCUCUGCUACCACACUUCAACAAUCCGGAACAUCGACGUCCACCCUUGCGGAGGCCUAGUAGCUACGUGCUCGGAUGACGGAAUUGUGCAGAUCAGCCGUAUCGUAGAUGCGUCUCUUGUGAAGAUGCAUCCGGGGCAAUUUGACGAAAAGCUGUACAAUAGGAUGAUUCCAUGCGUCGUCCUAAAUCGACGGCGACAGGCGGCAGACGGGUCUGUAGGUAUCAGUAGGGUCACGUGGCACCCAAGACAGCCCUGGCUCCUCUGCAGCGGGACAGACGGGGUCCUGCGCCUCUUCAAAUGA